GAGGAAGAUGAAGACAUGGAGGAUGAGUCAAUUUACACCUGCGAUAACUGUCAGCAGGACUUCGAUUCACUGGCAGACCUGACUGAACAUAGGGCACACCACUGUCCUGGAGAUGGUGAUGACGACCCACAACUCUCCUGGGUGGCUUCAUCUCCCUCCAGCAAAGAUGUUGCAUCACCCACUCAGAUGAUAGGAGAUGGGUGUGAUCUCGGCAUCGGGGAGGAGGAAGGGGGGACUGGCCUGCCAUAUCCCUGUCAGUUUUGUGAUAAGUCCUUCAUUCGCCUGAGCUACCUUAAAAGGCACGAGCAGAUCCACAGUGACAAACUACCUUUCAAAUGUACCUACUGUAGCCGGCUUUUUAAGCAUAAGAGAAGUAGGGAUCGCCACAUAAAGCUUCACACGGGGGAUAAAAAGUACCAUUGCCAUGAAUGUGAGGCAGCAUUCUCUCGCAGCGACCACCUCAAAAUUCACCUGAAAACCCACAGUUCGAGCAAGCCAUUCAAGUGUACUGUCUGUAAGCGUGGGUUUUCCUCCACCAGCUCAUUGCAGAGUCACAUGCAAGCUCAUAAAAAGAACAAGGAACAUAUGGCAAAGACUGAGAAAGAGGUGAAGAAGGAUGAUUUUAUGUGUGAUUACUGUGAAGAGACAUUCAGUCAGACAGAAGAUUUGGAGAAGCACGUAAUGACACGCCACCCACAGCUUUCCGAGAAGGCAGAUUUGCAGUGUAUUCAUUGUCCUGAAGUAUUUGCAGAUGAAAACUCACUGCUUUCCCACAUUCAUCAAGCCCAUGCCAACAAAAAACACAAGUGCCCUAUGUGCCCCGAGCAGUUUUCUUCAGUGGAAGAAGUCUAUUGCCACUUGGAUAGCCACAGACAACCUGAUUCCAGCAACCAUAGUGUCAGCCCUGACCCAGUCUUGGGGAGUGUGGCGUCAAUGAGCAGUGCAACACCUGAUUCAAGCGCAUCGGUGGAACGAGGCUCCACUCCGGACUCCACUUUAAAACCGUUGAGAGGACAAAAGAAGAUCAGAUCAGCGGAAAGAGAGGAAGGCCAGAAUUGGUCUAAAGUCACCUACAGCUGCCCUUACUGCUCCAAGCGUGACUUCAACAGCCUUGCUGUCCUGGAGAUCCAUUUGAAGACGAUUCAUGCAGACAAACCUCAACAAAGCCACACAUGCCAGAUCUGCCUUGAUUCCAUGCCUACGCUGUACAACUUGAACGAACAUGUCAGAAAGGUGCACAAAAACCAUGCAUAUCCCAUGAUGCAGUUUAACAACAUUUCUGCCUUUCACUGUAACUAUUGCCCUGAGAUGUUUGCAGAUAUCAAUAGCCUACAGGAGCACAUCCGCAUCACUCACUGUGGACCAAGUGCUACCCCUCAAGAUGGUAACAAUGCCUUCUUCUGUAACCAGUGCUCCAUGGGCUUUCUGACGGAAGCAUCCUUGACUGAGCAUAUUCAGCAAACUCACUGCAACGUAGGAAACUCAAAAUUGGAUUCCCCUGUCGUUCAGCCAACACAGUCUUUUAUGGAAGUUUAUUCUUGCCCUUAUUGCACAAACUCCCCCAUUUUUGGCUCCAUCCUGAAGCUUACAAAGCACAUUAAAGAAAACCACAAGAACAUUCCUCUAGCACACAAUAAGAAGUCAAAAGCAGAGCAGAGUCCAGUUUCUUCUGAUGUUGAAGUCUCUUCCCCUAAAAGGCAGCGGCUUUCUGCUAGCUUAAAUUCAGUUUCUAAUGGUGAAUACCCAUGUAAUCAGUGUGAUCUAAAGUUCUCUAAUUUUGAAAGUUUUCAAACUCAUUUAAAGUUGCAUUUGGAGUUGCUUUUAAGGAAACAGUCUUGCCCUCAGUGUAAAGAAGACUUUGAUUCUCAGGAAUCUCUCCUGCAGCACCUCACAGUACACUACAUGACAACGUCUACCCAUUAUGUAUGUGAGAGCUGUGACAAACAGUUUUCUUCAGUGGAUGAUUUGCAGAAGCAUUUGCUGGACAUGCAUACUUUUGUGUUGUAUCACUGCACCCUUUGCCAAGAGGUUUUUGAUUCCAAGGUAUCUAUCCAAGUGCAUCUGGCAGUCAAGCAUAGCAAUGAAAAGAAGAUGUAUCGUUGUACAGCCUGUAAUUGGGAUUUUAGAAAGGAGGUGGACCUUCAGAUCCAUGUAAAGCAUAGCCAUUUGGGCAAUCCAACAAAAUCACAUAAAUGCAUCUUCUGCGGAGAGACCUUCAGCACUGAAGUAGAACUGCAGUGCCACAUCACAACCCACAGUAAAAAGUACAACUGUAAGUUCUGCAGCAAAGCUUUCCACGCUAUCAUCUUGCUUGAAAAACAUUUGCGGGAGAAACAUUGUGUCUUUGAUGCUGGGGCUGAGAAUGGUACAGCUAAUGGCAUGACCCCAACGAAUAAGAAGACAGAAGCUGCAGAUCUCCAGAACAUGUUGAUGAAGAAUCCGGAUACUUCAAACAGUCAUGAGGCUAGUGAGGAUGAUGUAGAUGCUUCUGAGCCAAUGU